AUGGCUGUUGACGUGGCAUCCAUGUCGGUGGAGGAGCUGGAGGCUGUGUGGCUGAGGCGAGCUGGCAUGAGGAGCGACCUGAGUGUGACUAUACCGGGGAUGACUGCACCAGGAGUGACUGUACCCGGAUUCUCUUUCAACGUUCACAAGUACCCGUUAUACGCACGCACUGACUUUUUCCAGGAGUCAUCCACUGAGGACCCUGAUUCUGGUCGCAACCACAUCAACAUCGUGGGCUUGCCCGGAGGAGAAAGGGCCUUCAAGCAGGUCGCCAGCUUUUGCUACGGGAUGGAUUUCAAGAUCUCACCACUUGAUGCUCCUGCCCUCGCCUAUGCUGGUGACCGCAUUUCUGGGAAUGACGGACGACUUGUGGAAGGGCAUGGGCAAGUCCUGAGUGAACCUGCUGUCCCUUCAUCCCUCCCUCACCCCACUGCCUUCCUCCCUUUCUUCCCCUCCUCCACUCCCCACUCAGCCGUAUUCCUUGGAAUGACAGACGAUUCGAGCAAGGGAAUGGGCAAGUACCGCGUGAUCCUGCUGUCCUUCUGUCCCUCCCUCACCCCACUCCUUUCCUCCCUUUCUUCUCUGCGUUCUGCCCCCCUACCUCGUCCCCACCCCUCAAGAAUGCAUCCUUGGAAAUGA